CAUUCCAUUUGUUUAUUUAUAUUAUGGUGAUAUAGAUCUGCUCUGCUGUUCUUCUGAGUUGACUACUGAUUUUUGUAUUCUAGCUCAGACCAAAGUGUUUGAUGAAAAUGGCAGCGUCGUUUGCUUCCACCCAUUGCUUUCUUCCUCUCUACCAAUCGCGUCUUGCACCAACGCAUCAUCUUCAGAAUAAUACUACGAGUUCGAGUACUACCAUCCCACUACACCUUAAUCGCAACUCAAACUCAAAGCCUCUCUCCUUUUCUUCUUCGCAUGCAGGAAGGAAUGGUUUUAAUGCCGUUGUUGAGAGUGAGAGCAAGAAGGAUCGGUUGUCGUCGUUUGCACAAACUGCUGCCGUGAGGAAUCUGAUGGGUUCUGUCACCAAUACUCAAGCUCUUCGUAUUGCUGUGGUUGUGGCACGGUUUAAUGAGAUUAUCACUAAGCGGCUGUUAGAGGGUGCUUUGUCUACUUUCAAUCAUUACUCCGUUCUGGAAGACAACAUUGAUGUUGUAUGGGUUCCUGGUAGUUUCGAAAUUGGUGUUGCUGCAGAAAGGCUAGGGAAGUCCCAAAAAUAUCAUGCAAUUUUAUGUAUUGGAGCUGUGAUUAGAGGUGACACAUCCCACUAUGAUGUUGUUGUUAACUCAGCAGCAUCUGGAGUACUUUCAGCAGGUUUAAAUUCAGGAGUUCCAUGCAUAUUUGGUGUACUGACUUGCGAUAACAUGGACCAGGCAUUAAAUCGUGCUGGCGGUAAAUCUGGCAAUAAGGGUUCUGAGACUGCUUUGACCGCUAUUGAGAUGGCAUCUUUGUUUGAGCACCAUCUGAAGUAAGAGAUAUUUUAGCUGCCGUUGGACAUCAUCCAUGUUGUGCCAGAUUUUCUCUUUUUCUGUGGCUUGCAGAUUCAUCUGACAACUAUCAGAAUAUCUUUAUCUUGAGAAUUCUCAGGAAAUUCCAAACGGUCAUCAUAUCAUUCCAAAGAAUAAUGGGUUAUUUGUUGAUUGCUUUGCUUCUCCUUGAAAAAGUUUAGUGCUGAAGCUACGUAGACACAAUAGGAGCAAGGUUCUUGAAUAUUGAUGUGAAGAAUGAGAAUUGAGAAGUAUCUUUGUACUAUGCUCCCUUGUUGUUCUAUAUGAUUGGACAUUUUGAAUAA